AUGCCGGUGCUGAAGCAGCUGGGCCCCGCGCAGCCCAAGAAGCGGCCGGAGCGCGGCGCCCUCUCCAUCUCCGCGCCGCUCGGCGACUUCCGACACACGCUGCACGUGUGUUGGCUCAAGUGCGAGGGCGGCCUUGGCGUCAAAUCUGAGCUACGAAGGCCUGGCGGCGGGGCUGAGGUCGAGGCCGGGGCGCCGGCCCAAGCCGGGGCCGGGAUCAAAAAGCCACCGCUGCGCACCGCCGCGGCCGUCAUCCAGCGCAUCCGCUGGGACCCGCGCCUGGACCCCGCCGACUUCUCGGUGGGCUACGCCGACCGCUUCCUGGGCGUGGUCGAGGAGCCCUUCGGCGCCUUCUGCUGGGACGAGCCGCUGGCGGCGCUCGGGCCGGGCGUGCUGGCGGUGCCGGAGCACCGCGUUCGCUACUUCCGCUUCCGCGGCCGCACCGUGUGGGACCGCGCCUCGCGCACCGACUUCGUCUUUGGCUCCGGCUCUGCGGAGGGCCGCGGGCCCACCAUCCUGGACGCCCUGGACGGUGGAGACGCGCUCUGGGACGGAGACGUGCACGAGGACGAGGACGCGCACGAGACGGGACACGUGCACGAGGACGCGCAUGGAACCAGGGGUGCGCACGACGGCGGGGACGCGCACGAGGCCGGAGAUGUGCACGACGAGGACGCGCAUGGAACCAGGGCUGCGCGCGAUGGCGGGGAAGAGCAGAGAGUUGACCCACCUGGCACCCGGGAGGCGCCGUACUGCGUGGCUGCGCCCCUCUCUGACGCCCCAUCGGGAGGGCUCGGACAGCCACCCUGGACAGGCCUCAAAGCCGGGAGCCUGGUGCUGGCAGGCGCUUCUGUGAAGGCCCAGGAGCAGGGCGGGGCCAGAAGCGAGGCUUCCCCAAUGUUGGAGGCCAAAAGGACCCUGAAGCUGGCCGCCAAAGCUAGGACCGGAGACCCCCAGACUCUGGUGGCCCCAGGGCGGCCCCUGGAUGACUUCUCCGAGACAAAAGAAGGGUGUCAAGUGCGGUGGGGUCCCGCGGCGUGGCCCGAAGACGGCAGAGAGGCCACCGUGGCCAGGGCCACAGCCCCUCGCCAGCCUCGCCCUACACACUUUGUGGCCCUCAUGGUGACAGACCCCGGGCUGCAGGCAGGGGUGGCCAAGGCCCAGAAAGAGCUGGUCCAAGCGGAGCCAUCGUGCGCUACUUUCAUGGUGCCCCCCGAAGCCCUGCACCUGACACUGGCCCUGCUGCGGCUCGCGGGCCCCGGGGAGACAGUAGCCGCCGUCAGCGCGCUCAAACGCGCUCUCUCGGAUCCGGGACUUCGGGUACCUCCGCAGCUGAGGUUUAAGCAGGUGGUGCUUCUAGGCUCCCAUGUGCUCUGUGCACCACCCUCCCCCUCCCUGGAAAACAUGGCCCAAGUGCUAAGCCAGAGGCUGGAGGCUGAGGGGUUCAGAGUGCUACAGCCCUUGGGGGGGCUGCACCCCCACCUCACACUGGCCAAGGUGCCCCAGGGCUCCCAAGCCCACCUCCCCACGCCUGGGUCCAGCCCAAGACAGGAGCUGGGGAGCCAGUUCCUGAGACAACUCUGGCUGUGCCGCAUGGGGAGGGCAGGGGGCACCUACCAGCCCCUGGCUGAGAUCCCCCUUGGGUGACAGUCUCAGGCCUCUAGGGUAGAUGAAUCUGAUCUAUCCCACACACUGGAGGAGGAGGUGCAGUCCAAGCAGGAGGAACAA